CAGUGAAUCAGAGCACUACCUGACUAGAGCUAAACGCACAGCCUGCUCCUCUUUUGCUGAAGCCAAAGACACACAGAGACUAAGACUGAAGAUGGCGAGCACCAGAUUCUUUACUGUGGCCCUGCUGGUCAUUUUCACCCUCAACAGCUUCCUUCCUCAGACAGAGUCAGUAAGCUGCUGCCUGUCAUAUACCAAGAGAAAUAUUCACUGCCAAAAGCUGAAGGGCUACACCAUCCAGACAUACAAGGGCAUCUGUGACAUGGAUGCGAUCAUCUUCCACACAAAAGCGGGCAAGUUCAUCUGUGCUGAUCCAUCAAAAGAGCAGACACAGGGGACAAUCCAGUGCCUUAAUGCAAGAGCCAAGAGUUUGUCUUGAGGAACCUUCCAGACUGUCAUUGACUCAACACAAUGACAAUGAAGCAAUUUAAGAAAAUAAGCUAUUUUACUUUUUUCAUUCUUGUGUACUUCACUACAUGUAUUUACUUUAUUUAAGAAAGUGAUUUCUAUUUUUUUUUUUAAAUGGUAUAUUUGAAUUGUAUUUCAGUUUUUUCUAAAUAUGUUUAUGGUAAUGCUGAAGUUUUCACCACUUCAUUAUUGAUCUGUUUUAUAAACAGAAAUGGCAUAGUGUCACAUCCGAAAUACUAUGAUGCCAAAUUUUAAAUAUUGAAAUGAAAAUGAAAACAUUUAAUGUUUUUAAAG